GCCCCGCGCUGCUCCCCUCCGUAGAUUGCUUACAACACCCAUCUUCUCUUACUCGCCCGCUCGAUCCUGGUCUCCAAAUAUUUCUUGUCACUUUCGAAAACCUUUCCAGCCUUCGUCUCCUCAGAAAACCAUUUUCCGACGACCAGUUCAUAGCUCCGCCAUGGCCCCGCAGCUAGACUCAUACUUUAAGCAGGUCGACGGCCUGUCAGAUAACUUCAUUGACCGCCUCCGCAAGGCGGUUGCUAUCCCCUCAAUCUCGGCCGACGAUGAGCGCAGACCGGACGUUGUCAAGAUGGGCAAGUUCCUUGCUUCGGAGCUUCGAGCGCUGGGAGCUCACGUCGAGGAGCGACCGCUAGGCAAGCAGCCUCACAAGGAGCACCUUGAGCUCCCUCCCGUCAUCGUUGCCCGAUAUGGCAAUGACAAGAACAAGCGGACUAUUCUUGUGUACGGCCACUACGAUGUGCAACCGGCCAACAAGGAGGACGGCUGGGCCACCGAGCCGUUUGAGCUCAGCAUCGACGACAAGGGCCGCAUGUUCGGCCGUGGCAGCACUGAUGACAAAGGCCCCGUUCUGGGCUGGAUCAACUGCAUUGAAGCUCACCUGAAGGCUGGCGUUGAUUUCCCCGUCAACCUGUUAAUGUGCUUUGAAGGUAUGGAGGAGUACGGUUCGGAGGGUCUGGACGACUUUAUCACCGCCGAGGCCAAGGGUUUCUUCAAGGACGCCGACGCCGUUUGCAUUUCGGACAACUACUGGCUUGGUACCGAGAAGCCCUGCUUGACCUAUGGUCUUCGUGGCUGCAACUACUACUCCAUCGCCAUCUCCGGCCCUGGCCAAGACCUGCACAGCGGUGUAUUUGGUGGAUCCGCACAGGAGCCCAUGACGGACAUUGUCCGGGUCAUGGGCUCGCUGGUCGACACAGACGGCAACAUUCAAAUCCCCGGUCUCAAGGACCUCGUGGCGCCUGUGACCGAGGAGGAAAAGUCGCUUUACGGUGACAUCAGCUACACCAUGGACAACCUCUACGAGAGCUUAGGUAGCAAGACCAGCAUCUUUGAGGACAAGGAGCGCACGCUGAUGGCGCGCUGGCGAUUCCCUUCGCUCUCGCUGCACGGCAUCGAGGGCGCCUUCUCCGCUGCUGGCGCCAAGACUGUCAUCCCCGCCAAGGUUGUGGGCAAGUUUUCCAUUCGGACUGUGCCCAACAUGCAAAUCGACGAAGUCAAUGAGCUGGUGUACAAGCACGUCAAGGCCGAGUUUGCCAAGCUCAAGAGCAAGAACACGCUGGACGUGUCCCUGCAGCAUGCGGGCAUGUGGUGGGUUGCCAGCCCCAAGCACUGGAACUUUAGUGCCGCUGGCAAAGCCGUCGAGAAGGUGUGGGGCGUGAAGCCUGAUCUCACCCGUGAGGGCGGAAGUAUCCCUGUCACGCUCACCUUCGAGCAAGCUACGGGCAAGAACGUCUUAUUGUUACCCAUGGGCUCGUCCACUGACGCCGCCCACUCCAUCAACGAAAAACUCGACAAGAGAAAUUACAUCGAAGGAAUCAAGCUUCAAGGCGCUUACCUGCACUACGUCGCCGAGGAACCCUUGUCAUAGUUUCUUUCUUUUUUUUUUUUAUUCAACUCGCAGUAUAUGCGCAUCGUAUCUUGCCUUUGCUUCUCGGUUUCUAUCCAAGCCGUU